GCACGCCUCAGCCAAACCGGUUGGAGUGGGUUGUGCUGAAAUUUUUGUUUGUGUCAAUGGGACUUGAGCCGGAGUAAGAAACCCUGAAGCCAAAUGAUCCCUCCCGGCCCUAGUGGAGCAGCACCUGCACCUCAAAUGUCAUAAUCGCAAAUCAGUUCACAGCUGAGAUCACAAGAGUUUAUUCUGAGGAGCCGACUGUCCUCCGACUUUCUGAAGUUAACAAUCUUGCAAGAUUUUUAUUGACCUGAUACAGCUACGGUUCUCGAUAGCAACCCAGGUGUCCUGUCUCCACGGUGACUGCUGCUUUGCGACCUUCGGUUUGCAGCGGUCGCGCUGCAGCCGCUGCAGUGGUUGCUGGGCGACGGCGGAGAGAAAGCCGGGGCUUGAGGUGGGAACCCCGGUUGGCAUCUGGUAGGGGGAGGUUCCCGGGGAAGCCCGCGGAAGGCGAGGUGCCCAGCCUGCCAUGUAGGGGCUCGUUCCAAGCCGCAGACCCCACCGCUCUUCCUCUCCCCGGGGCCCAUGGCGGUGGCCGUGCCCCCGGGUCGGGCCGCAGGCUCAGGCUGGGCCUGGAGGCCAGUGGCGCGGGACGCGCUUUUGGCUAGGGCCUUCCAUUCAUGCACCGAACUGCGGGGACGGUUCUAUCUCGUAGGUGGUCUCCUAGCAGGAGGAACGAGACAGCCCAGCAGCGAUACGGUGGUCUUCGACCCGGCUAGGGGCCAGGCCGUACGAUUGGGAUCCCGGGGCAGCCCCCCGCGCAGUCACCACGACGCGGCACCCGUGGGCGGGCGUUGGCUCUGCGUGGUGGGCGGCUGGGACGGGUCUCGCCGCCUGGCCACAGUGACCGCGCUGGACACAGAGCGCGGUGUGUGGGAGGCGUGGACAGCGACCCCUGGUGACUGCCCCCCCGCCGGCCUCAGUAGUCACACCUGCACCCGCAUCUCUGACCAAGAGCUGCAGGUGGCUGGCCGGGAGGGCGGUAUCCACACUCAACGACGCUAUGGAAGCAUCUACACAUUAAGGCUGGACCCCAGCGCCCGCACCUAUUGCUACAAGCAAGAAGGCUGCCACAUAGCCUCACGCUCAGGUCACUGUGCGGCCCUGCUCCAAACUCCUGGACCCCAUCCAGGUCAUCAGCUAUUGCUCGUUGGAGGUUGCAACUUAGCUGAACCAGAAGUAGCUGGGCAUUGGAGUCAUGGGAAAAUAAAGGAGGAACCACCUGUUGCUCCUCAUUUGGUGGAACAGCUUGCAAGGCUUGUGAGCAGUGGGCAGGGGUCCCAGAAGGGGCCCCAUGGACUGCGGCAUCACUCAUGUUCUGUGGUUGGGCCCUUUGCUGUGCUGUUUGGUGGAGAAACUCUGACCAGAGCUAGAGACACCAUCUGCAAUGAUCUCUACAUCUAUGAUACCCGCACAUCUCCUCCUCUGUGGUUCCACUUACCCUGUGCAGAUCGCGGGAUGAAACGCGUGGGCCAUCGCACCUGCCUUUGGAAUGAUCAGCUUUACCUGGUUGGGGGUUUUGGUGAGGAUGGCAGAACAGCCAGCCCACAGGUUUGCAUUCUGGACUUCCUUAUCUAAAUGGUGCCGAGACACACCACUAAGCUUCGUUUUGUUUUGCUUUGUUGCAAAUCUAUAAAGCAUUAUCACCACAGCUAUCUGCUUCACUUCAAAUGCUUAUUAAAUUUCAAUCUGAGACUCAA